GUAGGCGAUAGCUGAUACACAUGAUAGAGGCUGAUUCUUGUGACGAUUGGCUCGACGCUGCAAUGUUACGUGCGAGAUGCUUGCGUGGCGCGGAGGCUCGGCCGCGCCCGCCCGGAUGAAUGAGACAAGCCUGCGCUCGUAAGAUCUCCAUUCUACUUACGCUCGCACUUGUGUCUCAGCGUCAUGAAAAAGAGUACUUAUGGACAGCUGGCGCAAUGGGGCAUCUGCGUGACAUCUCCGCCGUCGGUAUCUACGAGUCAUCCUGUUUACGGCUUACUGUGCGAUCUGUGAUUCUGCCAGGCUAUAAAGUCGUGUUUGAUUGGACGCGCGUGGGUAACUCUUCGCUGCCCGCAUAUUUCACGUAAUCGUACCACUUCAACAAAACAUUAAUCUCCUUCCAUCGUUCUGUGCCACGACAAGGCGCCGGUUUCAUCGCACUCUCUAUAAGUCAUCCGAUACUGCAUAUUAUCCUUAUUUAUCAGCCCACCAUUCUCUGUGGCGAGCCCCUGUGCAAUGUUGUAAACCACCGUCAAAGCUCGAGCACGACUUUGCUCUCUUUCCUCCAUCCUGGCCGUCAAGAUUCAAAGCAUUGCUCUCAGCGAUGGACGUAAACUUAAGGCGCGUUGUGGUUGGUGUUGUAGGUUUCUCGAUGGCGGUUGUUGGUUUCUUCUUGAGUGUUACGGUCCCUGUUAUAUCCGCGGUCUUGCCGCAGUUUCAGCCGCAAGGAACUGAGCGUACGCAGACUAUUUUGCGAAGACGAAUUCAGGAGCGGGAAAGUCGCGAUUUACAUCGACAAGAAACGUCGCCCGCUGCACAUCACGAUGUUGUGUCAGAGGCGGGUACGGCGGAGUCGGUGGAAUCCUGUAAUACGGCUACUACUGAUCUGUCCUCCGCUCACCAUGCUACAUGCACGAGUCCUCCUUCCCUGACAAAUUCACCUGAGUCCAUGUCUCACGCUCUCCCUCUGCCAACCGCAGCAGCGCACGCCAGAUGCGAACAGCAGCACUUUUGCACGCCUCAGAAAUGCUCAAAUCAUGCUUCUACUUCUACUCCAGUCCCACCUGCCCAAGUGAAUACCGAAAAGUCCGCGGGAGCGAGAAUUGGGAAAAGGAAUUCUCUUCCUACUCGCGCAGUUACUUGGCUCAAGACUUCGCCGCAGCCUGCAUUUCUUCAUUUGCAACCUUCGCCGCGAUCCUCUGGAGAGGGUCCGCGUCCAUCUAUCGUAUCAGCUCCACGUGCAGCGACAUUUGAUGAAAAUUCCGUUAGUGGACAAUUAGACAAACAGCAUGCACCGCGCAGAGCGAAUACUUUCUUUGGCUUGCGGCGAUCAUCUAGACUUGCCGCCCGUGCAGGCUCAGAGCCUGCACCUGCACCUAUGUCAGAAUCUAUACAAGGAGGGAGGAGUUCCGAACCCGCGUCACCAUUGACAGUCGCGUUUGAUUUACAUGACAUUUCGCCGGAUGCUGAAGCCAACGUUCGCGAACAGAAGAGACGAAAGUCUUAUUUUACACGACUGAAGAAGAAGCAUUCAAGCAAAGGCAUGGAAAACGACGUCGGACGACAUACCGAGCUACAUCAUCGUGAUGCCGUUGUCGCCCCGAAUAAUUUUUCACAGACGAGCGAGCGCGGGCGCUCAAACGAGAAGCGGUCUAAGCGACGUAUCUGUGCCCGUCACCGUAGACCAGCCACAGCACCCUCAGAACCAGUGCCGCGGACGAAUCCGUACGAGGCACCUUAUUAUUUCCCGACACCAGCUUCUCCAGAUGCGGUCAAUUAUGUUCGACUCGCGCGUACGGAAAAUCGACGUACUUCUGUCAGCCCUUCUGGAGCAUCUCGUAUCCCUUAUCGAAAUGAACUUCGCCCGUCCCAACCCAUCGUGGAUAUUUCUUCCUCUGUUGUAGCGCACGAUGGGGCGUCGCCUGUCUAUACUGAUAACGUCGUGACAUCGGCACCUCAAAACAACGCCGGAACUAAUACUAAUUAUGCUAUUUCGACAAAUGCGCAACAUCGCAGGAAUACUUCAAUGGCAUCUUCAUCACCCACGAUGGAAGAAUUUGGAGUCCUUCGUAAUCGCCCAAUGCCCGUGACAGGUAAUGCGGGUUCACCGUCUUAAUAUCGUAAGGAUCGCACCCUCGCCUAGACUGCGCUCAGUGCUCUUCAUCUCCUCGGACAAUUGUACGCAAUACUUGCGAUGGAGGUGUUCUUCAUCCGCUUUAUUUUUAAUUCGUCUGUUUUCGCAUUUCACAUUGUAUGUAUAGAUUUAACCUGCUCCACUCCGUCAUCGCAUUGCAUUGCAUCGUGUCACAUACGCUUUCGUUUCGUAUUCUCUGUUCUGCGAGUAUUAUUCGCACCUUGCAUCAUCCAUGCAUUCAAAUUAUUGCUGUCAUUUAUUCUGUUCCUGCAUUUGCACGUUUUUCGUAGUCGACGUAGUGCCUAAUUGUCUAGGCACAGUGAGCUGUUACUGCUCUCGUUCUUACGUGUACCAAUUACUCUCCUAAUUCUUGUAAUAAUC